UAUAAAGAGUCGAGCUCCACAGAAUGUACGCGCCGCUGGCAGGACUUGGACAUCAUCUACUAGAAGACUUCUACAUCUUUCUUUCUCACAUCCCGCAGUAUUCUCACUGGAUAUACAUUUCUUUGUGUUGAACUAUCAUGGCGGACAGUAAAGUGGAAAGCAGCGGAGAACUGAGUGCUAAGGAGCUAAAGGAGAAGAAACAGGUUGGAGAGAAGGAGAACGGCGAUGACGCAGCCGCCAAUGGCAAAACUGACGAGGAGAACGGCGAGCAGGAGAACGAGGUAGAGGAGGAUGAAGACGACGUUGGAGAUGAUGAGGAAGAGGAUGGAGAGGGUGACGAGGAGGAUGACGAAGAAUACGACCUUGAAGGACCAAGAGGGAAGAGAGCAGCUGAGGAUGAUGAUGAUGAUGAAGAGGAUGAAGUUGAAACAAAGAAACAGAAGACAGCUAAGUAGAGUCUGCAGCGCCCGCUUGGUUUGGAGGAGGUUACAAUCAAGAGAAAAAGCAGUUUUCCAGCAAACCUUCAACACCUCAGUCCUCCCUUCUUAACAAGAAUACUUUUAAAAAGAGAUUUUGUUUGUAUCUUAUUUACAUUUUAUAUUUUUGUAAAUACUGUAAGGAGAUCGGCCAUUUUGCAACAGUAAUAUCUCUGAGUAUAAAGUGGUGCUUUGAAGACUUUUAGCUCUAGACUCAUCAUCAGCCGUUCUUAUUCUCUAUGAACCAACCACAAGCAUCCAGCCUAGCAGAUACUAUAGACACAAAGACCUCUUUAUUACAAUGUAGUAUUCUACAGUAUGGAGGCGCUAACUUGUAGCCACAUGGGGCGUAACACUAUCUUGUGCCGAGUGUGUAUUCGAAACAUUUUGAAUUCAAUUCUGCGAUUGUCUGCCUGUAACGGCCAAGAGUUUAAUGUUUAGUUAAGACAGUCAUUCCAUUUGUUCUUGUUUUAUAAUAAACGUGUUAGUAUUGAGUCUUUUUGCCUGCAGUAUAAAAGUGUAAAGAUUAUGGGUUAUCAGUGUUGUGUGAUCAGCAAAGAGUGCAAAGAUGUGAUUUCCACUGGCCACAUGACCACAGUCUAAAAAACAGAAUGAAUUCCUCUUAUCCGAUAGCCAGGAAUAUACAUCUCGAAAGCUUCUUGAUGUUGUUUGUAACGUCAAAAUGUUCUCCUUUUUCUUGAAAUAGUUACUUUGCCAUGUUGUUGGGGAUUGUAAAACACAAACUUUAACAUUUGGUGACUCUCUUCAUACUUAGCUUUUAAAGUAUGUUCACAUUGUCGGGUUGCACUUGUCCUGGUUGACAGUUUCAAUAAAGUUUAUUUAAAACAUUAA